GGGGGCGGGAGAAACAACGGGCCGGUGAGCGCCACGGCCGCGGUCCCCGCCGAGCUCGCGCGGGCAGCCAGCCGCUGCGCUGUAGCUGUAGCUGCCGCCCGACCCCCUGAGAAGAGGACGUUGAAGCAAGCGGCCCUCCGCUAGCAGCCGCGGUGACAACCCGGCGUCGGCGCGAUGAACCGCGGUGGCAGCAGCGCCUCGGCCUCGGCCAACUACCUGCUCUGCACCAACUGCCGGAAAGUGCUGCGGAAGGAUAAAAGAAUUAGAGUGUCUCAACCCCUAACAAGAGGACCAAGUGCCUUUAUCCCAGAGAAGGAAGUUGUCCAAGCAAACACGGUGGACGCACGAACGAACUUUCUUGUGGAAGAGUACUCUACGUCUGGUCGCCUGGACAACAUCACGCAGGUGAUGAGCUUGCACACGCAGUACCUGGAGUCUUUCCUGAGGAGCCAGUUCUACAUGCUGCGCAUGGAUGGUCCCCUUCCCCUCCCAGAUAGGCACUACAUUGCCAUCAUGGCUGCUGCCAGACACCAGUGUUCCUACCUAAUAAACAUGCAUGUGGAUGAAUUUUUAAAGACUGGAGGGAUUGCUGAGUGGCUGAAUGGCUUGGAAUAUGUACCACGACGACUGAGAAAUCUUAAUGAAAUUAACAAGCUGCUGGCACAUCGGCCCUGGCUGAUCACGAAAGAGCACAUUCAGAAACUUGUCAAAACUGGAGAGAAUAAUUGGUCGCUGCCUGAGCUAGUGCACGCCGUGGUCCUCCUGGCUCACUAUCACGCUCUGGCCAGCUUUGUUUUUGGUAGUGGCAUCAACCCUGAGAGAGAACCAGGAGUCUCCAAUGGAUUCAGACUAAUAUCUGUGAACAGCUUUUGUGUCUGUGAUCUGGCUAAUGACAACAGCAUUGAGAACGCAUCCCUGGCGGGCAGCAACUUUGGGAUUGUGGACUCACUAGGUGAGCUAGAAGCCUUAAUGGAAAGGAUGAAAAGGCUUCAGGAAGACAGGGGAGAUGACGAGACGACUCGGGAAGAAAUGAGCACGCGUUUUGAGAAGGAAAAGAAAGAAAGUCUCUUUGUGGUUCCCGGGGAGAGUUUCCAUUCAUUUCCUCACUCAGAUUUUGAAGAUGACACUAUUAUAACAGCUGAUGUCUCUCGAUACAUUGAAGACCCAGGUUUUGGGUAUGAGGACUUCGCCAGGCGAGGAGAAGAGCAUUUGCCAACAUUCCGAGCCCAGGACUACACGUGGGAAAAUCACGGGUUCUCGCUGGUGAACAGGCUUUACUCAGACAUUGGACAUCUCCUAGAUGAGAAGUUUCGAAUGGUCUACAAUCUCACCUACAACACAAUGGCCACCCAUGAGGAUGUUGACACAACCACGCUACGCAGAGCUUUGUUCAACUACGUUCACUGUAUGUUUGGAAUCAGGUAUGACGACUAUGAUUAUGGGGAAGUCAACCAGUUACUUGAACGGAGCCUGAAGGUUUACAUCAAGACAGUGACCUGCUACCCUGAAAGAACCACAAAACGCAUGUAUGACAGCUAUUGGCGGCAGUUCACACACUCAGAGAAGGUUCACGUGAAUCUGCUUCUGAUGGAAGCUCGGAUGCAAGCUGAGCUGCUGUACGCCCUGCGUGCCAUAACUCGGCACCUGACCUGAAGUGCCCCCAGGAGCGUGCCAGCAUGUGCCAGGGCCUCUCACAGGACUCUCAUCAUAACUUGUUUGUGAUGCAGCCGCAGCAGUUACUCAGUUCCCUAGUGUCCACGUUUAGCUGUCGGGGUCCUUUGUUUUUGUUUUGUUAGUGUUGUUAGGGUUUGAUUCGGGGGGAGUUGUUCGUUUGUUUGGUUGUUUUUUAUUUUUUCUGGCUGUAAUGUGCAAUGGUGUGUUUUAUAUUUCUCGAUGCUUAACAUUGCUAACAAUUGCAAAAGUAACCCUGACGAGCACUACUUUACAUUGCUUAGAGUUGGAUUUUGGAUCUGACUAUAAAUCAUGAACUGGUUUGUUAAUGCUUCACUUCAGGACUUUGGAGUUCAUGUGUAUGUGUAUUAUUUUUCUUUACUUAAAAAAAAAAUAAGGAAAAGUGCUUACCAUCCGCUUAAGAAGUUGUUUUUCAGAUACCAACAUUCAGGAAAGAAUGGUGUCCUCUACAGCUCUGAAAUGCCCACGUGUGUCCUGAGUCUGGGAAAAACAUGUGCUGCUGAACCAAGCCGCUCCUGGGACACACCCGUGUCCCCAGGAGACGAUCAGGCACUGUUCUGUUUUUGUUUAUCUAAUUGUUUUCUUACACUGCUAUUGGCAAUAACGUGAAAUGUGAUACAGACAUCGUCCAUAAUUUAAUGUGAAAUUAAUUAUGAUCAAUUCUAUAGCAUGCUACUGAAAUGCCAAAUUCAGCUACUUUCUUUGUCUUCUAAAACAGAGGCCCCAUUUCCCCACAUGGCUGCCUGUGAGGCAGUGGACGUAGACGCAGCCCCCUGAGUCCUGCACUGUGGUUCUCUGUUAUGUCUAGUAGCUGGUGCCCACAGUGCUGCUUACAUUUGGCACCCACAAACCCACGUCAGACAACCCCGACCACACGUCUCUUUGCACCUUCUCCUUCUCUGAGAGCUAAGGAAGGCUAGUUAAAUGUCCCUAUUUUUCCCUGUUACACUGUUGGAAAUUAUUUUACAUGACUUUCUUCUUCUAAAAGGUUAAGUAAUUUGUUAUUCAAAGGUAAACAUUGUGUUUCUGUGCAUUAAUGUGAUUGAGUAACAACAAAAACAGUGCAAUGUUGUUAAAAAUCAACUCAACUUCUCCCUAUCAUGUCGCUGCAGAAGUGUCCUUUUAAACAGAGCCAUAAAGAAAUGACCUUCAGAUUUCUUUAUUGUGCUUGGUGUUUUUCAGUUUUACCUUGCUGAGGUUGACCCAUGAUUUCAGCAUGCCAAAGCAUUCAUUCCCCAGAAAAAUCUGUUUGGACAACUAGUUUUAAAAAAGAAAUGCAUUGUCAUAGGGGAGAAAAAAAAGGCAGCCAAAAAGUCACACUUUUGCAUCAUUUGUGUUUUUGGAUUGGACUAUCUUCAGAGAGCACAACCUUAUGUGUUUAUAGCUUUAAUUUGUAUUAUGUUAAUGAACCAGUGAAGUGCCUAGAGAGCUGCUACAGCACCCAGAGGACUCAGCUGCAUGGCUUAAGCACCUCGCUCGGUGAAAGGUGACUUGAUUUUACACACACAUGCUAACCUAGAACAUACCUGUCUGUCUCACAGUAAGUCAUCCGGGAGCUCCCACAGAGCUGCGGGCUGGCAUUCUGUUAGGCUGUCCUGUCUGCUGCCCUGUUCUGGGAUGUCAGGUCCUUUUGCUCAGCACUGUUCCAGAGAGAACAGCAAUGCUUGCAGACCAGUGAGCAGAGGUAGUUGUACGCUUUUAGACCCCGGGAUCUUGUUUAAGUCCUCCAUGUGAGGGAGGCGUCACUAGGAUCUUUGAAGACAGGGUGACUCCUUUAGAGACUAUUCAGAGAGCUUGGGCCAGGCUCCGUGUUCCAUUUGCUGUGUGCACUGUGGUCACCAUCUUCUUCAGAUAUGUGUGAACUACAAGGAGAGUAUUUAGAAGAAUGACAAAACACAGGCAGUGGCAUGCAUACAUGUCCAUGUGCUUUCCCCAGCUUUAAGGCUUCCACGUUUAGGAUAGAGUUUAUUAAAUGAUAGCAAACUUUCAUUUGAUAGCCCCAUGCUUUCGUUCAGGUGAGCUGAAUUGACUAAGAGGAGGAAUUCUCACAGAUCCCUGAUAAGCUUUAGACCAAAAGGGAAGAAAAGGCUUAAGUAAAGCGGUCACUUUCUGAUUUUGGUUUUGUGUUGCCCCUUAAAUGUAAGUAGAGAUUGGACUGUGGAAAUAUUAGUGCCUUUAAUAGAUAUCUCUCCUCGCAAAACUUCCUUUUAGUUCAACAGACUAAUCAAUAAUCAGAGAAAACAAGUUGACUUGGAACCGUGAAUAAAAACGCAGCAAUGUAUUUAUGAACUUCAGUGAACCAGCCUCAAAAACUUGGUUUGUGAAGGUGGCCCCACCUCCAUUCCAUGCCACAGAAGCACCCAGCAUUCCCAGUGUGAAUGCUGCUGUAAGAGUUGCCCGUCAACCCACUUUAUCCAGUACAGACUUGAAAUUCUGAUGCGGUUUUCCAGGGUGGCAUUUCUUUUCAGAGUAUUGAAUUUACAAUGUAGUAAUUUAUAGUGUAGCUUUUUAUACUGAAAUGUGAUAUUUUUCAAAGGAGCUAUCUGACUCAGUGGGGUAAUAACAGAGCCUGUGGUAAGCUGAACCGCACCUGGGGCUCACCCUGUGCCAAACAGAAGCGAGUGUGCGAGUGUGGGAGAGCACCUCCUCGCUCCUUGUGUUAAAAUCAGCCUGAUGAUCCUGAUGGACAUGCUGGAAUAGUGCUGUCCAGUUUUGAGUUUCACGUUUGCCAGCAUCUGUGCUAAUUCUUAACUCCUCAGAUCGCUGUCAGAAACGUCAAGGAAACCAGGCAUGGUGGCACAUACCUGUAAUCCCAAUACAUGGAAGCCUGAGGCAAGAGGAUGGUGGUUUUGAGGCCAGCCUGGGCUACAACGUGAGUUCAAGGCCAGCCUGAGCUACAUAGUGACACCUUGUCUCAGAAAUUAAAAGAGAGAGAGAAAGAGAUGUGUAAGCAUCCUCACACUUGAAAGUGGGUCUGGUCUUUAGCCCACUUGCCUGUGGGAGUGGCCAGAGUGCCCUGGGGCUGCCCCACAAGUGGCUUCCUCGGGCAGACUCGGGCUACUCUGAUGGAAAAGGCUUUUCAAGGUGGACUAUUUUUAAAAAUAAGUACCUUGUCUCAGUCCAAGGAAUACCCCCCUUAGGGUUCUCUGUAAAUCAGGGGUAGCUAACAUGGAGUCCAGGGUGUAGCCUUGGCCUUUUGAACCAGUUUUAAACCCAGUAAUAGCACAGCUGUACAGGGCUAUUUUUAAAAGAGAAAACUCAAGUAAGAUAUAUAUAAAAGUCAUGUAAAAUUUGAACCAGAGCCCUAUUUUGUUUAUGUUGUACUUGUUAAGGAUUCUACAUAAUUCUAAAAUCUAAUGGAUAUCAUCCAGGGAAGUGCUUCCUCCUCCCCCACCUCAGAAGGUUUUGCUAAUCCAAAAUCGUAGAAUUGUAUGCCUCACCAAAGUAAAUUUAUCAGCAGACAGUCGUAGAUUGGCUACUACUUGAAAUAGUCCUCACUUCCAGGGGAAGUGCCUGCCUCUGUAAGGCGAGGCUCCUUUAAACUGUACAAUGAGGACAACACAGACCCAGCGUGCCAUAGAAAUGAAUGCACUGCAACAGGCAGAGGAGGCUUUCGCUCUGUUGUGUUUAAGAACAAUUAGAAAUCACCGCUCUCAUUCUCUGCGAAACAGACCAUUUUGCAUUUUGCAUGGAAUAAAAAGCAUGCAAGAUGACCCACAUAUGCAGCAUGUAAGCAUUCUUAGUGGUACCCCACCAGCAAACAGAAAGGCAGUCCUCGGAAGAGGACACUGUAAGCCUCAUGUGCAUGCAGUUGGAGCCAGUUGGAACUGGCCGUCACCAUGCACUGUUCCCUGCUGUACCUCUGCCUCUGAAGACUCAGAUGCAGACUCACUUUUUCCUCACAGCAGGCCAGAGCAUGAGUGUAUCCUGUCGGUCCGCAGAGCGCUAACCCACACAUCUGCACCUUAUUCCACUGCUAAUCUGGCCCCAUCACCAGUACCUGCCUAGGGAAGACCAAGAACAGGAAGGCUGGUGUGAAGUAGGAGUGGAAGUGUGCACCGGGGCUGAGCCCUGUGAGGAAGAGGAGUUUCCAGGAGCACUUGGAACACAGAGCUGAGACUCUGGCUGUCCUUGGCACAUGCAACUGCUACACAGGCGGGAGCUCCCCCAAGCCCUCGCCGACCCUUUCCCACCUUUCUCUUCCUCCAAGUGCCUCAGCCGCCACACACCCUCCCCCCACCCAAGCCUGUCUGGGUCUUACUGCCUUUCACAGCCAAGCAUCACCAGCCAUCUGCUGGGCAUCCAGAGCGGCUUCUGAGUAUGUCCUCCUCAUCUCUACAAGUACGGCUUUCCCAACCCCGCUUCCAGGGGCUCCGCCAUCCGUCUGUGUUUUUGCCUUGGACACCUUACCAGAUAUAUCACAGCAUCCAGUGUGUUCUGUCCACCCCCUGCUGCUCAUACCCUCUUCCCAGCUGCCAAAAUAGCUUGCUCUCCUCUACCUCAUCCCCGAAGAGCCUAUAAAUUCAGAGCACCCAGCCUUCUCACGUGUUCAUUCUCUGUUAUUCAGUAAUACUACUCUCCAUAUUUUAAAUAAAUCAUAUAACAUUUGCCUUCUAUCAAAGUAGGAACCUUUAUAUUUAUACAUGAUACAGAAAUUGAACUAUUUCUACCAUGCAGAAUCUAACAUUUAGCAAGAAUUCAAAGGGAUUGAAUUUCUAGCCAAACUUGGUCCCCAUUAGAUGGUAAAUACUGGUAAUAGUUCCAGUUGCUUGAAUACAGAGUUAGAGUUCUCCAACAAUCUAGAUGAGCCUCUAAGUCUUCAGUGGGACAGAAAAUCCCUGGCAGACAAAUGAGCAGUGUGUUGUCAUCCAUUUCAAUUUCACUGGUGGUGUUUGAGCCCUAAAACACAUUUUUCAUAGAAGGACAUCUAAUAAAAGGUAUUUGUUUAGACGGUCAGAUCGGAUUACAUUAGCCUAUUAGCUGUGUGAUGUAGAUAAAAAUCCCACAAAACCAAGUACAAGAACAUUUGACUCAAUUAUCUAGGCUUCUACCCCCAUGCCUCCCCUGUUGCCACCUGAAGAAAAACUCACUUUGUGGGAUAAGAAGGAAAUGUGUUGGCUUGAGUCUUGCCCCCCGAGUUGCUCUUUGUGUAUGUCCAGAUAGUGUCAUUGAGGAGGAGGACAUUGCACAGAGGCAGUAACUCUGCUUCUUCCUACAGCCAGGCCCCUAAGAGGAGCCACGUGUCCAUGUGGAGAUGGCUGUCUAUCCCAAAGGUGAACGGGUCUGCUUGGGAGUGUAGAUCUGAGAUCUCUGAUGAUCUUCAGAUGUUUCCACCCCAGACGACCCCACUUGCAAUGCCCAAUUAAUGCAUUUAAGGACCCAAGAGUGCAGAAGGUAACCUAGCCAGGCAAUGACCUGAUGACUUAAAGUGAUACAUCAUGCAGUGUUCAUUUAGCUUUAACUGAAUUAGGACUGCACUGCCAUGAAGUACAGAAUGAAUUGGAAGCAUGUGGAAACCCUUGAGGUAAUCCAACAUGUGCCACAAAGCAGUCUGUAGGCCAUGCACCCCCACUUUAUAGCACAUAGGACCCCAAACACUAAAAUUGAAACAUGAUAAGUGUAACUUUGGUAUGUAAAAUUUUGCUAAAACUGUCUAUUUCUUACUCCUAGUAACCUCUUAAAAUGAAUGUAUCAUUUCUACAGAAAGAAUGUUAUAAGAGAGAGUCUGUGAAAUGUUACUCAUGGGUACCACUGAGUUAAAUGUACACAUUAUAUCCAGAAGAAACCUGGUUUCCUCAUUGAUCCCUACAAACUUUAACUGAGUCCUAUAAAGGAACAAUAGGUAGGAUGAAGGAAAUGUAUCCGGUGAGUGGCCAAGGAUUUUCCUUUGCAAAGCAGAGACAUCUUUCCUGAAUCUCACUGGUUUCCCAAAAUAGAAGCUGAGUUAAAUGGUACCCUGUCCACCAAGGAAAAUGAUCCAUACUUUACAGCUAGUAUAAACAUUUCUUUUGCAGAAAGAAUGUCUCUGCAGAAAGAGAAAGUAGGGAUUUUUCCUGUCUCUUUCUCGUCACAUUUACUCUUUUAAUCCAAAACAAGAUGGACCUGAAAGCAAGUACCCAGCCACUUGGCAUCUUCUCCUUACUAAUUGAAUAGGUACACACAGAUCUGGGCAAGGUAAACCAGAACCCUGUCAGGCCACCCUGGAAACAUGACCUCGCCACUUGGCUUACCUCCUUCAAACCUGAAAGAAACGUCCCUCUCAUGGAAAACUGGAUGUAGCUUUUAACUAUGAAAUAGGAGUUGAACUUGAAAAUCCUUCUGAAUCCUGAUUGUGCAGGGCAGCUGCAUAUUGAAUGUAUCCAUGAAGACUGCAGCUGAGUUGCACGAGUCAGAUGCCAACUUCAUGACUUUCCAUGUAGACAUCUUCUCCUUACGUUGUGAUGUAUGUAGCAUGCUGUGAAGCAUCUGUUCUAGUUCUUAAUUCAUCAGUAUUAAUACAGAGUUACCCUUGCGUUCCUUGGUACUUUAUAGUCAAUGUAAUCAGAAGCUGUGAUUUUUUUCGCCUUCGUAGUCCUGUGCUUUGUUGCUGUAUUUUCCUUAUGAAGCACGUGACUUUGGACUCACGUAAGGUGGACGACAUGAUCUUGAAGACUGCUACACACACACACACACACACACACACACGUCUCUUACUCUCUACGGUUUUAAGUUAGGAUAAGCUUUCUCCAAUAGACUGUUGAUGCAGUUUAGGGUCCACAAGUUCACUGUCAAGUGGCAGCAUCCUCUUUCUAGUUUCAAGUCUGAACAUAGCAAGCUUUAUCAACAGCCACUUCACCCUUGUUCUAGCAGAGCAGGCCCUUCUGUAGAUGUAGACUGUGGUGGUUACCCAUAAUGCCCUCCACAUGCAUUGGCAGUUCUGGAGACGUCAGAGCCCAGGAGAGCUUCUUGAAUGUGUGAGCAGGCUUGGUUUUUGUCCGUAUGUUGCUGACUUGACAGUUCUGACUAAAGCUGACCCAAACGGGCCAGCUUGUGUGUAGUACCCUCAUGCUUUAAUGCCUCUCUUCUUGUUCUGCUGUUAUUUUUGUUUUUUGAGGGAUGGGUAAUAUUAUUUGAACAGAUAAAGAAGGAACUGUUAGUGAAUAAAGACAAACACAUCUGAAAUAAAGGAACUGUGUAUUAACAUGUUAACAAUUCAUAACUGCACUUUUUAUGACAUUUUGAAAAUCUAUUUAUAGGUACAAAACAAUGGGUUUUGUUAAACUGUAUCACGUUUAUACCUGCAGAAUUUAUUUCAUUGUUAUGAGUAGGAAUUUUAUUGGUUCAAUAAAAUUGGCAAAACAUA